ACUUGAGUAGAGGGUAAUGUUUCCGCAAGCUCCUCAGUCAGUAGCCGGUGUGAAUGUAACGAAAGGACGUUGGAAAGUGACGAGGCCAGUUUAACCGAAGUCAUUCUACUAUAGCCUACUCAGAUGUGGACAUGUUUUAGUGAAACAAAUAUUACACUGUGGAUAUACAGGAUUAUUGAAUUGAACUUGAAUAGAAUAAUUUAAGUUAUAGAAGACUUUUAGUUUCAAACUUUUUUAAUAGUGGGACUAUUGUUUUAAACAUCCCAAGGCACACAGGAACUGGCCAAGAGAAAGUGACUACCGAAUGCGCGCCCUUUUCAGUGUCUGGGAGUCAUUUCUGCUUGGUGUAAAUAACGGACAAGCGCGUCAUUUCACUUGCGAAUCAUAUUAGCCUAUUGAGGUCGUUUUUUUCAUCCUGGGGGACCACUCACAGAGACACAGCAUCUGUGGGACCAUGCUACAAAAUGGUAUUGGUAAGGAGAAACCUUCGGAACUGCCGAAGGCUGAGCCAGAACCAGACUUCCCAUCAGAACCUUCAACCAAGCCAGCCCCCAUUGACAGCGCAGUGCGUACGGCACAGGACACGGAUUCCACGCACUUCCCCUUGCCGGAGUUCCCCAAAUUGGAGAUAAAGCGUAACGCGGUGACAGACGAUUAUAAGAUAUCUAGUCAGGUCCUUGGGUUUGGGAUCAAUGGGAAGGUUCUGGAAUGCACAAAUAAGAAGACGGGAGAGAAGUGCGCACUGAAGAUCCUCUAUGACAGUCCCAAGGCGAGGCAGGAGGUUGAGCUUCACUGGCGGGUGUCGGGGGGGCCUUACAUCGUUGGUAUUCUCAGUCUGUACGAGAACAUGCAUCAUGGGAAGAAGUGCCUGCUCAUCAUCAUGGAAUGUAUGCAAGGGGGAGAACUGUUCAGCCGGAUCCAGGCCAGAGGAGACCAAGCUUUCACUGAGAGAGAGGGCUCAGAGAUCAUGCGGGAUAUUGGCACGGCCAUCGAGUUUCUCCACAACAUGAACAUCGCACACAGAGACAUCAAGCCUGAGAACCUGCUGUACACUCAUCAGAAGAGCAACGGUACUCUCAAACUGACAGACUUUGGCUUCGCUAAGGAGACCACUCUACACAACCUCCUGCAGACCCCCUGCUACACACCUUACUACGUGGCUCCUGAGGUUUUGGGCCCGGAGAAAUAUGACAAGUCAUGUGACAUGUGGUCUCUGGGCGUCAUCAUGUAUAUCCUGCUGUGUGGUUUCCCACCGUUCUACUCUAACACGGGCCAGGCCAUCUCUCCAGGGAUGAAACGGAGGAUCAGGAUGGGCCAGUACGAGUUCCCCAAACCUGAGUGGGCUGAGGUGUCAGAGGAAGCAAAACAGUUGAUCCAUCAGCUGCUAAAGACAGACCCCAACGACAGAAUGACCAUCACACAGUUUAUGAACCACCCCUGGAUCAAUCAGUCCAUGGUUGUUCCCUCCACACCGCUCCACACCACACGGGUCCUGACUGAGGACAGAGAGAUGUGGGACGACGUGAAGGAGGAGAUGACCAGUGCUCUGGCCACCAUGCGUGUGGACUACGACCAGGUGAAGAUCAAAGACCUGGACACCUCCAGCAACCCACUGCUCAACAAGAGACGCAAGAAGGCCGCUGCCGGGGGCAAAUUGGGAGGCAGCGUCUGCAACAGCCAGUGAAAGACUGGAGGUGGGAGGGAAGCCACAGCCAGAACAGAAAGGGAAGCCCAGAGGACACACCUGGAACAGCUGGGAGGGGAAAAGGCUGUGGGAGGUCUGGGCAGAAACAUGCAGAAGAGAUUUAUCAGGGGGAGUGUGUUCAUACUUAAAUCAGCAGAGGGAGAAGAGGGGAGGCAUAAAGGAGGGAGGGGGUACUGUUAGGAAACAGCAGGGAAAUGUUAUUUGGAGAUUCUCAGCAAUCAGUCGAAUUGAAGGACACAUGAAGUGAUGACAAUGUAUGAAACACUUAUCAGCAGGCCUUCAUACUGUAGGCCUUCCAUAAGUUUUUAAUUUGAUUGUGUGUUAGUGUGUGUGUUAUUUUGAAAGGUCAUUCAGGAUCUGCUCUUUAUAAGUUCCUGUAUGUUUGUUGUGUGUGUGCCUGUGUGUUGUAACCAAUGUUCCCUCUAAAAAUGCUCAGCACUGAGCAAAUUUCAGGUCUGCUGAACACAAACUUGAACGUUGUGAAAAUUAUGUGCAAUUUCCAGUGUGCGUUUACUGUGAACACUUGGGCUGUACCCGCUUUCAUUUACAGUUAACAGUGGCCAAGUCAUCUACUGUGGCUAUUUGAUCAUAAUGUAGGCCUACCAGAGUGGCCUACCAUCAAAAACAAUGGAGAAAUUUAUCCCAUAACAUUUUAACAUGGAAAUAGCUGUUCUAUCAUUCAGCCUACAGUAGCAGCCAAUGUGUGGUGUUCAAUGUACGCCAACAUUCCAUGAGACUUUUGAAAAAAAAACAUACAGGGCCUGACAACCUGUUUAUCCACUUGUUCUUCAGACAAGGAGGUGACUGAAAAUGUUGUGUUUGAUGCAAGAAACUGCUUUACAAAAUAAAAUGCAUUAUUAUUCCCAUACCAUUAUUACAGAGAAUCAGACAAAUUAUACUAACCUCUGCCUAUUGGCUACUUAGCUUAUUCAAGCCUGUCUCAAAAUACAACACUGCCCCUUUAAGACAAAAAAAGCUAUUUUCAAAGAUGUCUCGAAAUGUACACAAUUUGUGCUCUUGUAGGAAGUAAAUACUCCCCUAUUGCUUACUACAUAGUAUCUAUAAAUGGGCUAAUAACCGAGGUCAGAACCACUCAUGCUGUAAACACAGUCCAGUUCAAAGUAAAUGGCACAGAUCCAUAUAUGGCAAUGUUCUAUUUGCAUAUAGGCCUACUGCAGCUCUGAUUAGUUAAGCCUAACUGGUCUGUGUAGAGCAAGGGCUGGUUGGUACAUGUCAAUGAAAUAGAAUCCUACUCCGAUGCAUUCUGCCUACAAGAAAAUCUCUUGCAUAGUUAAUUUUGUUUUGAUAUGUUGUAUUGAAAGUGGCUAAUAUUGCGUUGAUUCGAUCAAAUUUGCCACAGUAAAGGCAAAACAUUGUGUUAACAGGGAAAACUCUAGAACAGUGGUCACCAACCUUUGGGUUAAAAUCACUGAGUCAAAAUGCAAGCAGAGAUCUACCGCUUAGACUUUUUUUUUACAUUUACAAAAAACAUAAGCCUAUGCAACAUUAACCAAUUAAAAACAGUACUGUAGCAAUGAGGUUUGUUCAGUAAGCUAUAGGCCCAAUAUAUUUUCAUUGCAUAUAGGCUUUUCUUCAAUUGCCCUGCCAAUGCAUUGUUGUUUGGGAAUUCGAGGUAGGAUACUGUAUAUGAUCACACCGGUAAUAGAUCCGUUGUUGUAUUACUUAUGCGGCACAGCUGAGUGAGCAUACAUUUAAAUUAAAUUAAAGCAAAUUAUUGGGUCGAUGGUACCUGAAUCUAUGGUCAGUCUCAGCGGAAGGAGAGAGCAGCAUCCCUCCACUCUCCCUUUCCUCCACUGACACAGACCAAAAAGGGAAACAGUCUUCCAGCUGAUGGCGAAAACUUGAAUUGCACCACAUUAUUUCUGCCUCAUGUACAAAUUCAUGUUGUUCCUCCUAUAAACAGAGAAAGUGAAAUAUUCCUCUAUAUUAAAAAGCCUCUAAUAAUAACAAAGCAAAAGUCCCCUCUCCUACCUUACCUACCCACCCACUACUUAUCUAUUCUUAAUACCACCUGGCGCACUAACCAAAAUACAGGGGGUGGUCUGCCCAGGUCUUACCUAGUGUGCAUAGACAGAGUACAUACUACGGGUAUAUGUAUGCCCGCAGGCCUCUUGCCUAAGCACUCCCAAGGUGCCUUCACCUUCCCCCCUGGGAACAAAAACAGAAUAAUUACUAAUGUAAUGUGAACAAUUUCAAUCAUCAAAAACACAGUCAAUUUGACAUCCAUAUAUGUCUGCAGGACCAGCUACAAACUACUUCACAACAAUUAAACAGAAAACCAACAAAACACAGGACAAACCAAGAAGCUCUCUCUCCUAACAAAGGAACACUGGCUUUUAAAGCUGCAGCAGGAGUCGGUAAUUGCAGACAGCUGUAUCCCCUGAUGAGAGGGCGGGAUCAGAGCUCCAAUCUGCUGGGGCCGACCAAUCAGCUGCUUGGGGGAAUUUAGGAAGCCAUUUCCUGAAAUGCACACAGACAUAUGAACAAACAAACCCAAAACACAGAAACUGGGGAACAUAACAUCAAGCCUAUCGAUACACUUUCCCACUCAAUCAUUACUGCUGCAGUGCUUGUUGUAGCGCUCAGUGGAAAUAGGAAGAACACACAUUUUAUGGCUUAUAAAAGUGUUGAAUACAAAGAGUAAGAACUUCAACAUGAACUCACUCAUAAAAACAGCAUAUCUUUGCUCUAUUCUACUCUCUCUCAUGGUUUUAAACGUUUUGAAAUCUCACAGUUUGUUGUAGCUUUCUUUGAUGUCUGCUACGUUACUGCAGACAUGGUAAUCUGAGCCAUCUGAUUGGCCAGCGGUAGGCCUAUAGUGCACUUGAUUUGCUCUCUCGGCCAGCGGGAAGGCAGAGUUUGUACCUUCAGACAAAUUAAAUAGUUCAAAAUGGCAACAGUUCGCCUACCCGCCACACAGGGUAGCUGAAUCGGGUGCACUGGGCGCCAACAUCCCGGGAUGAAUAAAACAAAUAGGAACACAAGGCUUUAUCAUUGUUUUUUUUACAGAAGUGUUUGGCGACCGACUUGGAAUAUGAUUGCGAUCGACCGGUUGGUGACUAAUGCUCUAGAAAGUUGAGUGAAGUUCAAUCUCGUGCUUCUCGCUGUGGGCUGAUAUUCUUUCUGUGUGGCCGUCCUUAGGGAACUGCGCAGGAGUCUCGGGCCUACUGCGUGCCUCAACAUAUCACAGAUCAUACACCUUCUCAACAUUUUGGUGCAUGAUGAUGAGGAAACUAGACAGACCAACCAUGGACUGUCUGAAACCAGCACAUUCUGGUGGUGAAUUUCUACCUGAGACUUAUCUCAGGAAGAAACUUACCUCAUGCUCAAACUUUUGUUUUUUACUUCCAAGGCACGGCUCCAGUGUCUCACUGGAUCAUGGCUUCAGCGAACCUGCUCUGACUUGGGGCCAAGUUCAGGCCACUGGUACUUUUCAGCCUGCAUUUACAUAAAUGGGUUAACUCCUUCUAUGGUUAACACCUGCUUACUAAGCAACUGUCUUGAUUACGCAGACUUUGAUUCUGCUUGCUCCAAGUUUGAUUCUGCUUGCUCCAAGUUUGAUUCUGCUUGCUCCAAGUUUGAUUCUGCUUGCUCCAAGUUUGAUUCUGCUUGCUCCACACACUGGUGUGGGGUAAGUCUCAGGUGGAAAUGCCCCAUAAGUUAUCUGUGCUGUUUUAUUACAACGUCUUAGUCCUUUAUUCAGGGAUUAAAACAACCUUUGAAAGACUUUGUCCUGUUAAUUACUUAGGACUAAAAGAGAUUAAUUCUAAUGUACACAAACUCAGAGUCAGGGCAGUCUCACUAACACAGAAUUGGCUCAAAGGCAUCAAACUCAACACAGGCAACUCCAAUUGUCUGACAAGUUUCCUCAAAUAAGUUUUCUUCCCAAGUAACCCGGAUGUCAUUAAAUGCUGGCUAGGAAUUAUAGUUUAAAACGGGUACUUCUACAGGCUUGCCUGCACACUUUACUACAAUGUCUGUUUUUUUCAAGGUCCUUCAUGCAGACCAGGGUAAUCUCUGGGUAAUAUUACCCUGAUAGACACUGUAGAACAACAGUCCCUGUCCUGUUUGAGAGAUCAGGGCAGCCUUAUGUAACCGGAUGGUGGCUCAAUGUUGUGAUGUGGAAAGCGGACUUGUGUCAGCCUUGAGAAAUGACUUCUUUGUUUUUGUUUGGGUUUGGUGGGUUUAGGACUACUUCAGUAGAGCCUAGAGCCUUCGGCGCCUCUCUACUCUAUCUUUUUUGUUAUGUUUAAUUUUUGUAUAUUUUAAUGUAACCUUUAUUUAACUAGGCAUCCAUAUAAGGUCACUGAAAGGUGCUUGGGACUGUCUACAGAUUUGAUCAAAAGUGUAUUUUUAGGUUAUGGAGAGAAUAUAGUCUACUUGGUGUACCCGUCAACCAAGAAAUAAGACAUUGUCCUUUAUUGAUCUCCAAAUUGUAAAACCAGAGUAAUGAUCAUACCAAGGACAUAACUGACUGUUCCUUGUGAACAAGGAUUCUUAAUGAAGCUUUGUGAGGUAGUUAUAAAUAGGAGAAAUGGAGCUGUUAUUUGGAACAUAGCCAUUUGACUCUCAGAGUUCUUCUCUGGAAGGUCAUCCUUGUAUGUUUAGAAUAUACCACAAUAAAGCACAUUUCCCCUACUUCCAACUCA